UUAGAAGGACUUGAGUUUGAGGCUAGGAUGGGAAACACUUGUGUUGGACCAAGCAUUUCAAAGAGUGGUUUCUUUCAAUCGGUGUCAGCCGCAAUGUGGCGGUCUCGGUCACCUGAAGACACUAUUUCUAACGCUAAUGCAGAGAGUGUCCAUGAGACACCAUCUUCUGUUAGAGAACCCGAGUCACCUAUGCCAGUCCAAAGCAAACCCCCAGAACAAAUGACAAUUCCGAAGCCAGAACCAAAGGUGAAUACAAAACAAGAACAGCCAACAAAACCAAAGAAGCCUUCACAUAUGAAGAGGGUGUCUAGUGCAGGGCUUAGGACUGGUUCAGUGUUGCAAACAAAAACUGGUAAUUUGAAGGAGUUUUUCACUUUUGGUAAGAAAUUAGGACAAGGGCAAUUUGGAACAACAUUUCUUUGUGUGGAGAAAGCUACGGGUAAGGAGUAUGCGUGUAAAUCAAUUGCAAAGAGGAAGUUGUUGACCGAUGAGGAUGUAGAGGACGUAAGAAGGGAAAUUCAAAUAAUGCACCACUUGGCAGGGCAUCCUAAUGUUAUAUCAAUCAAAGGGGCUUAUGAGGAUGCUGUGGCAGUUCAUGUUGUGAUGGAACUGUGUGCUGGGGGUGAGCUUUUUGAUAGGAUUAUUCAGCGUGGGCAUUAUACAGAAAGAAAGGCGGCUGAGCUUACGAGGACUAUUGUUGGGGUUGUGGAAGCUUGUCAUUCUUUGAGUGUCAUGCAUCGUGAUCUUAAGCCUGAGAAUUUUCUUCUUGUUGAUCAGAAGGAGGACUCACUUCUCAAAACAAUCGACUUUGGAUUGUCAAUAUUCUUCAAGCCAGGUAAAUUUGAAAGGUUUUUUGCUGAUUCUUGGUAUUGAAAUUGCUUGUGACAUGUUUGGUUAUGAUUUUGUGCCUUAAUAAGAUGUAGACUAGUGGUCAUUGAAAUUCUGCUACAGAACCAGCAUGGCAAAGUGCAUAUAUGCUUUGAGUUAGGCAUACACUGACUACCUGUUUUUUUUUUAUUUUCUAAAUGUAGUAUAGCUCAU